AUGGUUGGGAACCGUUGUUCUAAGAAUUUUCCAAAGAAGUUUUUGGAAUCCACUUCCAUUGAUUCUGAUGGAUUUCCCGUUUAUAGAAGAAGAGAUUCUGGUCACACGGUUGUGAAGAAGGGACCUGAUCGAGCCACGGUUGCUGUUUUUGAUUCAGACAGAGGUCCAGAUGAGGAGAUCCCAAAAGAUGAAAUUAAAGAAUAUUACGAAGCUAGAUAUGUUUCCGCAUGUGAAGCAAGCUGGAGAAUAUUUGCCAAUGAUGUUCAUUAUAGGUAUCCUUCUGUCAUGAGAUUACCUUUUCAUCUUCCAGGACAACAAAAUGUUGUAUUUAGUUGUGACGACGAUAUUGAGGAUGUGUUACACAAACCUCAAGUAAAUUCAUCUAUUUUCUUAGAAUGGAUGAAGAUGAACAAUUCUAAGCCUGAAGCAAGAGAACUUACUUAUGUUCAGUUUCCUUCAAAAUAUGUGUGGAAGUUAAAAGAUCGUUGCUGGCAGCCACGUCAAAAUUAUGUUGUUAUUGGGAGAAUAUAUUCUGCGUCUCCUUCUCUUGGUGAGGCUUAUUAUCUAAGAAUUCUUCUUACCAAGGUUAAAGGACCAAGAUCAUUUGAAGAAAUCAGAACAUAUGAAGGUGUUGUUUAUCCUACUUUUAGGGAUGCGUGUUAUGCACGUGGCCUGUUAGAUGAUGACAAUGAAUAUAUCGAGUGUAUUAAAGAAUCCAGUUUCACUGGGAACGGCCAUUAUCUUCGUUCUUUGUUUGGAACACUACUUUUGUCUAAUACGCUUUCAAGACCUGAAGUUGUUUGGGAGAAAACGUGGGAGCUAAUGUCCGAGGACAUUUUAUACAAUAUGCGUAAAGAUACUGGCAUGAGCGGAUUCGUUGUAUCAGAUGAACGUUUAAAGAAUAUAACAUUGACCAAAAUCGAAAAAUUUCUUCUUCGUAAUGGAUCCAGCUUGCACAGGUUCUCAACGAUGCCUUAUCCUGAUGACGACUAUUUAAUGACCGAGAGCAACCAUUUGAUAAAUGAGGAGCUUUCUUUUGACACUGAUGAACUUAGGGGUGAGUUCAAUAAUCUUCACAGCUCUCUAAAUGAAGAUCAAAGAGCAGUGUUCAAUGAAAUUAUGGAUGUUGUUCGAAGUGGAAAGGGUGGUGUGUUUUUUGUGUAUGGUGCAUCCAUUAGAUCCACUGGACAUAUCGUUAUUAAUGUUGCUUCAAGUGGUAUUGCAUCUUUGUUGCUAUCACGAGGUCGUACUGCUCACUCACGAUUUCAUAUUCCUAUUAAUCUCAAUGAAGAUUCGGUCUGCCGUAUCAAGCCUAAUACUGAAGUCGCUAAUCUUCUAAACGAAGCCAAGUUGAUUAUUUGGGAUGAGGCACCGAUGACAAAUCCUACCGGUUGUACAAAAUGGAAGCAGGCAAGAUAUUGUAAACGCAUCUUUAUGUUCAUCCCACAUCUGGUCCCAUUGCAAGGUGUUAAAAUUGACAACCAACAUGCGUUGUCGGUAGGAUCCAGUAGCUCAAACAUCGAGGAAAUAAAUCUAUUUGGUAAAUGGCUUCUAGAGAUUGGCGGAGGCAAUGUUGGUGAUUCUAACGAUGGUGAUUCUAAUAUUGAAAUACCUGAUCAUCUUUUGAUAACUGAUGAAAAUGAUCCGAUUCAAGCUUUGAUUGACUUUGUAUAUCCUUCAGUUUUGGAUCGUUUUAAAGACCGUGACUACUUUUCUGAAAGAGCUAUACUCGCUCCUAAGAAUGAAGUUGUUCAUGAUAUAAAUGAUCGUUUGCUUGCUUUGUUUCCGGGUGAAAAGGUAGAGUAUCUUAGCUCUGAUAGUUUACGUCCUACUGAGGAGAUUAAUGAUCCGUUACAUCAAGAUUUAUAUAAUCCAGAUGUGUUAAACAGUGUGAAAGUAUCUGGAUUACCAAAUCAUAGAUUGGUAUUGAAAUUGGGUGUUCCGGUAAUGCUUUUAAGGAAGAUUGACCAGCAAAAUGGUUUGUGUAAUGGUACGCGUCUUCAAAUCACACGUCUUGGUAAACGUGUUAUCGAGGCUGAGAUAUUAUCGGGAAGUAAUGUUGGUUCAAGAACUUACAUCCCAAGAAUUAGCAUGAUACCAUCUGACAAAAAAAUACCCUUCAAGUUUCAACGAAGGCAGUUUCCAAUAACCGUAUGUUUUGCGAUGACUAUUAACAAAAGUCAAGGACAAUCUCUAUCCAGAGUUGGUCUAUACCUUAGAGACCCCGUGUUCUCACAUGGUCAGCUUUAUGUUGCUUUGUCGAGGGUAAAGACUAAGGAUGGCGUUAAGGUUUUAAUAUUCGACAAAGAUGGGAGGCCAACAAAUAAAACUGCAAACGUUGUUUACAAAGAAAUAUUUGGGAAAUUGUAG